AUGCUCUUUCAAAAGACUCUCGCAGGCCUCGGCCUCCUCGCCAGCCUUGCUUCGGCCGCUCCCUCUCUUAGACGUCGACAGGACCCCGCGGGCCUUAACGUUGUUUACUGGGGCCAGAAUGGUGGCGGAACCAUUGAGAACAACGAUCUUUCUGCGUACUGUACAGCAACCAGCGAUAUUGAUGUAUUGGUCUUAUCAUCAUUAUGGCAGUGGUCGAAUGGUGCUACGGCCAUGGGAGGCUCAUUUGGUCAAUCUUGUGGAGUUACCAGCUCAGGUCAACCCCAGAACUGCGACGCCUUAGUUGCUGCUAUAACAAAAUGCAAGAACGCUGGCGUGAAAAUUAUACUCAGCAUUGGAGGCGCAGCUGCCUAUUCUAGUUUCGCAUCGGCAGAUGAGGCCUCAGCAGCCGGUCAAUACGUAUGGAAUGCGUAUGGCGGUGGAAGUGGUGUCACAAGGCCUUUUGGUAACAACAUCGUGGAUGGCUUUGAUUUGGACCUUGAACUGGCCACUGGGAACGAAUACUUCAUCCCUUUCCUCAACACGCUUCGGUCAAACUUUGCCAGUGAUCCCAGUCACACCUACGUGAUCACAGGAGCUCCGCAAUGUCCCAUACCAGAACCUAACAUGGGAAUUAUCAUCCAGGGUGUUCAGUUUGACUAUUUAUGGAUUCAGUUCUACAACAACAACAACUAUACAGUCCCCUGCAGCUUGGGUAUCAAUGGCGGAGCUCCUUUCAACUACAACAACUGGACGUCCUUCGUUGAAACUACACCAUCCAAAAACGCAAAGCUCUUUGUUGGUGUACCUGCAUCUCCGCUCGGGGCAAAUGGCUCGCCAACCGGCUCAGUCUACUAUGCCACUCCCCAGCAACUGGCUCAAAUUGUCGCCGAAGUAAAGGGAAACUCAAACUUUGGCGGCAUCAUGAUGUGGUCUGCUGGAUUUUCCGACUCCAACGUCAACAACGGCUGCAACUAUGCUCAAGAAGCGAAAAACAUCUUGUUGACUGGCUCUCCUUGCGCUUCCGGGCCUGUGACCGCCUCGCUUCCACCCGUCCCAACUUCGACUUCGGCCUCCUCGCCACCAGGAAGCAGCUCAACUCCUCCCUCUGGCUCCGGUUCCGUUCCUCAAUGGGGACAAUGCGGUGGCGAUGGUUACACAGGGCCAACUCAGUGUGUGUCACCAUACAAAUGUGUGGCUACGAGCGAGUGGUGGUCUCAGUGUGAGUAAAACGCUUGGGAUUCAUCGCCUCAAGAAUCCACAAGUAGUGAACUCGGACACACCAAGUGGGCCAAAAAUCCCUCUUCCUUCUAUUGUAUAUAGCCCAAUUUGAUGCAGCUUUGCGUCCAUUCAAGUACAUAUUUCAUGAAAUUACAUAUCUUGGACAUUUUAGUCCAGUCUCC